GUUACACUCGCACUCACACAUGACCUGAGCCCAUUACUGUUUUAGAGAGGCUAAUUAAAGAAAGAAUGGACCAAAAGGAAGAAAGAAAAAGCAAUCCGAGUUGGCAGAAAAGGGUGCAAAUGGCGCAGCUACGCUGUUUGGUCUGAAUCUGAAACGCUUAUGACGACGCCAUGGGUCCCAAUUAGCCUUCUCACUCCCAUUUUUGUUCUCUGCUAAUCGCUCUCUCCACACUCCCAACCCUUCCCUUCAACAAACUCUCUCUCUCAAACAUUAACACAAACACCUCGUCUUCUCUCUCUAUAUAUCUUCCAUUCGCAGUUAAAUCCUACUUAAACUAAAACACCGAUUUCACUCACUCAUUCACUCUUCGAAUCGAAUCGCAAAGAAAGAGACACUUCUCUUUCACCACCACCGCCACCCAUGGCGCUCACAGCUUCCGACGUGCCGGCGAUGUACUCGCUGCUCUCGAAUUCCAUGAGCGCCGAUCACCGCCUCCGCGGUCCGGCGGAGGAAGCGCUUGCGCAAUCGGAGUCCAGGCCCGGCUUCUGCUCCUGCCUCCUCGAAGUGAUUACGGCCAAGGAUUUGGCGCCGCAAACGGAUGUGCGCAUGAUGGCCACCGUCUAUUUCAAGAACAGCGUCAACCGCUACUGGCGCCAUCGCCGCGAUUCCUCGGGGAUUAGCAAUGAGGAGAAAAUGCACCUGAGGCAGAAAUUGUUGACGUACUUGAGAGAAGAGAACGAUCAGAUAGCUUUGAUGCUGGCAGUGCUCAUCUCCAAAAUUGCUCGCAUUGAUUAUCCAAAAGAAUGGCCAGACAUUUUUUUGGUCUUAUCCCAACAACUUCAAUCAGCAGAUGUUCUUGCCUCCCACCGAAUCUUUUUGAUUCUAUUUAGGACCUUAAAGGAGUUGUCCACAAAACGCCUUACAUCAGAUCAACGCAACUUUGCAGAGAUAUCAUCCCAUUUCUUUGAUUAUAGCUGGCGCCUUUGGCAAAGCGAUGUGCAGACAAUACUGCAUGGUUUCUCCUCUCUUUCUCAAAACUGUAAUUUAAAUGCUGAAGAUCAGCCUCAUGAACUUUAUCUUACAUGUGAGAGGUGGUUGUUAUGUUCAAAGAUUGUGCGGCAAUUAGUUAUUUCAGGAUUUCAAAGUGAUUCAAAGUGUUUUCAGGAGGUUCGACCAGUCAAGGAAGUCUCUCCUGUGUUCUUGAGUGCCAUUCAAUCACUCCUUCCAUACUAUUCGUCUUUCCAAAAGCAAUAUCCUAAAUUUUGGGACAUUGUAAAGAGGGCAUGUACCAAAUUGAUGAAAAUUUUAGUUGCCUUUCAGGGCAGACAUCCUUAUUCAUUUGGUGAUAAAUUUGUGCUUUCAUCCGUCAUGGACAUCUGUUUGAAUAAGAUAACAGAUCCUGAGCCAUAUCUAUUGUCGUUUGAGCAAUUUCUCAUUCAGUGUAUGGUGAUGAUUAAAAAUAUUCUGGAAUGUAAAGAGUACAAGCCAAGUGUUACUGGUAGGGUGAUGGAUGAAAAUGGAGUUACACUGGAGCUGAUGAAGAAAAACAUUUCCAGUGCAGUUGGUGGUGUUUUAACUUCCCUACUUCCCACUGAACGAAUAGUCCACUUGUGUAAUGUAUUGAUAUCAAGGUAUUUUGUUCUGACAGCAAAUGAUUUGGAAGAGUGGUAUCGGAAUCCCGAGUCUUUUCACCAUGAACAGGAUAUGGUUCAGUGGACAGAAAAAUUGAGGCCAUGUGCUGAGGCUUUGUACAUUGUAUUGUUUGAAACUAAUAGCCAAGUAGGUGCCAUUUAUACAUCACAGUUGCUUGGUCCUGUUGUGGUUUCGCUUCUUCAAGAGAGUAUGAAUAAUUGUCCAACUUCAGUUACAGAGAUUACUCCUGCAUUGCUUCUUAAAGAUGCUGUUUAUGGUGCUACUGCUUAUGUUUAUUAUGAACUCUCAAACUAUCUGAGCUUUAAAGACUGGUUUAAUGGUGCUUUAUCACUCGAACUCUCAAAUGAGCAUCCAAAUUUACGUAUCAUUCAUCGUAAAGUUGCUGUAAUUUUGGGGCAGUGGGUUUCUGAGAUCAAAGAUGAUACAAAAAGGCCUGUAUACUGUUCUUUAAUCAGAUUGUUACAGGGCAAAGAUUUAGCUGUCCGGCUGGCAGCAUGUCGAUCCCUAUGCUUACAUAUUGAAGAUGCAAACUUUUCAGAGAGGGAGUUUGUUGAUCUUCUUCCUGUCUGUUGGGACUCGUGUUUUAAGUUGUUUGAGGAAGUCCAGGAAUUUGACUCAAAGGUUCAGGUUUUGAAUUUGAUCUCUAUCCUUAUUGGACAUGUUAGUGAAGUUAUUCCAUUUGCAAACAAGUUGGUGCAGUUUUUUCAGAAGGUCUGGGAGGAAUCUUCUGGUGAAAGUCUGCUGCAGAUCCAGCUUCUUGUUGCUUUGAAAAACUUUGUGGUUGCACUUGGUUACCAGUCACCCAUUUGCUACAAUAUACUACUGCCAAUUCUGGAGAAUGGGAUUGAUAUUAAUAGUCCUGACGAACUCAAUCUCUUAGAAGAUAGCAUGCUGUUAUGGGAAGCCACACUUUCUCAUGCUCCAUCAAUGGUGCCUCAAUUGUUACAAUAUUUUUCACGCCUUGUGGAUAUUAUGGAAAGAAAUUUUGAUCAUUUACAGGUUGCAGUGAAUAUAAUUGAAGAUUACAUAAUUUUGGGUGGAAAUGACUUUCUGAGUAUGCAUGCAACAAAUAUUGCUAAAAUUCUUGAUUUAGUUAUUGGAAAUGUCAAUAACAAAGGCCUUCUUUCAGUUCUUCCUGUGGUUGAUAUCUUAGUACAGUGUUUCCCCAUGGAAGUGCCGCCACUUAUUAGCAGUACUUUACAAAAGUUAAUUGUAAUAUGUUUGAGUGGAGGAGAUGAUCAUGAUCCUUCUAAAACAUCUGUUAAAGCAUCUUCUGCUGCCAUCCUGGCUAGGCUUUUGGUUAUGAAUACAAAUUCACUUGCCCAAUUAGCAUCAGAUCCAUCGACUUCUCUACUGCUUCAGACAGCUUCUAUCCCUGUUCAAGAAAAUAUACUUCUUUGUCUGGUUGACAUUUGGGUUGAUAAGGUAGAUAAUGUUUCUUCCAUCCAGAAGAAGACAAUUGGCUUAGCCCUCUCAAUAAUUCUGACAUUAAGACUGCCCCAAGUACUUGACAAACUUGAUCAAAUAUUAAGUGUUUGCACUAGUGUAAUUUUGGGAAGAAAUGAUGACUUAACUGAAGAAGAGUCCAGUGGUGACAUGGGCUCCAGUGCAUCUCCUGAUGAGGGCACUAUUCCUAGUAAAGAAUUCAGAAAAAGACAGAUCAAAUUUUCAGACAGUAUCAAUCAACUGUCCCUUGAGGAAUGUGUGAAAGAAAAUCUACAAACUUGUGCUGCUAUUCAUGGAGAAUCAUUCAAUGCUGCCAUGAGCAGUAUGCAUCCGUCUGCAUUUGCACAGUUGAAGCAGGCAUUAAAGAUGCCAUAACUGGGUGACAUUUAAUUCUUGUGAUCUGGUGGUGCUAUGUGCAGGCUCUCAGUUUUUGUGUUCAUAGAUUGAUACUUCUUAUAGGGCCGUAUAAAUUUUGACUUCCAAGAACAAUAGCAAUGAACCUAUUGGAUAAUAAAUCAUUAGACUGAGAAGCAUUUAGAUGUGUACUCAUGGUGAUGGCGAUGAUUAAGUGUCCAAAAGGAUUGCUUAUCUUCUGGAUGAUAUUGAAGCUUAUUACUUGGACUGGUGGUUUUUGACACUUGUUUAAAAUUGUUUCCAGGUCAUGGUUUUCCCCCAUUAUAAUCAUUUUCAUUUGUCUAUGCCUGUUGGCAGCGUGAAACUCUGUAAAUAGGAUGCUGUUCCUUUAUUAUAUAUUAUAGAAAGGGGCAGCAUCGAGUCCAUAGUGUUCAUUUACUUUACCGAGAAUGACAGGAAAUGUGAAAUGUUUGUAGAUGCUAUUUUGGACAGAUUUGGAUGUGUAGUGCAAAUUUUACCAAAAGUUCUUUGAAUUGCAGGUUUUACCCUGGCGAAUGUUGUACACUCAUACUUUUCUUACAUCCCUCAAACAACACUGUUGCUUUAAAUCAAGAGUAGUUAGUAACGUACUCUCUUA